GAUGUGGACAGGAGGAGCCGGGGAGCCGCUGGGUGAGGUCUGUUGUUGUGGCCGGUUGCGCCUGAGGAACUAAUGGAGGACGUCUGGAAAGUUGAGGGCGAAGCGCCGCGGGAUCCUUGGAGUCAGUGAGCCCCCGGAACUGCCUUUCAUUCAUUCCGGACUGACGGAGCUUAACCGCGGAGCGUCCCUGCCUCCCAUGCUUUUCCCAUCCGCUGCAUGUGGGUCACUAGCCGAUAAACGCCGCACGCCGGAGCACCUGUCUCGAACCCCUUUGUCUCCGUCCCUUCGGCGGCUCCUGGUCCUCUCGCCUGUCCGACCUCUGAACUCUGCGCGGUGACCGUCAGCUGCUCCUCUCUCUCUCUGUCUCUGUCUCUCUCUCUCCUCUGUCGCCGCUGUCCCACCUGAGCCGGGACGGAACAAGAUGGACUGACCACAGCCUCCGCCCGGAAAUGCCCUGCGCGAACUGUGGCUGCGUCCCGCUGGAUAUUAUCGUUCAACCCGGACACUCCCGACACUAAGUCAGACAUGGCGUCCUCCAAGGCCAAGGUGGGACUCAACAACGACACCAUCCCUGCGAAAGAGAGCAAAAGCGGCGGCGGCGGCGGCGGUCCGGCCGGAGACGCGGCUCCCAACCACCGGAUGUACUGCCUGGAUGACCUGGAGACCGUCGCCACAGUCGGCACUGGGACUUUUGGCCGAGUCUUCCUGGUCAAGGACAAGAAGAGCAGGGCCUUCUUUGCCCUGAAGCAGAUGAAGAUCCCUGACGUGAUCCGACUGAAGCAGGAGCAGCACGUCCACAACGAGAAGGAGGUGCUGACAGAGGUCAACUACCCCUUCCUCAUCCGACUGUUCUGGACGCACCACGAUGAGCGCUUCCUCUACAUGCUGAUGGACUAUGUGCCAGGCGGCGAACUGUUCAGCUACUUGCGCAGCCGCGGGCGCUUCAGCAACACCGCGGGCCUCUUCUACACGUCGGAGAUCGUGUGCGCCAUCGAGUACCUCCACUCAAAAGAAAUCGUCUACCGCGACCUGAAGCCUGAGAACAUCCUGCUGGACAGCGAAGGACACAUCCGCCUGACGGACUUUGGGUUUGCGAAGAAGCUCUCUGACAGGACCUGGACUCUGUGUGGAACUCCUGAGUAUCUGGCCCCCGAAGUCAUCCAGAGCAAAGGUCACGGCCGAGCGGUGGACUGGUGGGCUCUGGGCAUCCUCAUCUUUGAAAUGCUGGCUGGGUACCCACCGUUCUUUGAUGACAACCCAUUUGGAAUCUACCAGAAGAUUCUGGCCGGAAAACUGGAUUUCCCACGCCAUCUGGAUUUCUAUGUGAAAGACCUCAUCAAGAAGUUUCUGGUCAUCGAUCGAGCCAGACGGCUGGGCAACAUGAAGAACGGCACCGACGAUGUGAAGAAGCACCGCUGGUUCAAGACAGUCGACUGGGAGUCGGUUCCCCUGAGGAAACUGAAACCUCCCAUUGUUCCCAAAGUGUCCCACGAGGGCGACACAUCCAACUUUGACGUUUACCCAGAGGACGAGUGGAAGAAAGACCCUCCUGUGCCUCCCAAGGACUUGGAGAUCUUCAAGGACUUCUGAUCACUCAAGCCUGCUUUAUUUAUUCACGGAAUACGGACUCAACAAUAUUGUUAAUAUACUGUUACAGGUACGAUCAUGGCGGGAGUCACAUUGUAUCCGUAAUAACAACCCUGCAAACUCCAAAUGAUUGACGCCGCGACCUGUAUCAUACCACAGAGAUGAUGAUCUGCUUUUUAUAUGUUUAUUUAUCUGACGAGUAAUUGUUUUUUGCUUUUAUGAUUUUUAUUUUCUCUUAAUUGUUUUUUAAUUUAAUUUGUUUUCUCUGAGCCUGCACAUGUGCAAAAGAGAAAGGAAAAUGUGGUUCAUUUGAAACCAGAAGACUGUUACUUCCUAGGUUUAAAAAAAAGAAGAAAAGAAUAAUCAGGUCUUUUUUUUAUAUUCUCAUGUUUUGUAUUUUCUCUCUUUAGUCAUAUUUACUGUGACUCCAGACUGGUGCUGUAACCGUCACCUGGCCAGUUCUUAUACUGUGUGUAGUCACAAGUCGGACACUUCACCUGACAAUGUGUGACCAGUAGCACUUGCCUUACAUCACGGUGACGGGCGUGAUGCUCACCUGAGCCCUGCUGCUGUGAGACAGUCAGUCGUACCGUGGGACAGUCUGCACGUGUGAGGUCACCUACUGUAAACGUCUCCUCUCACAGCUUCUGUCACAUCCACAACAGCUUUGUUCACAGCAGGGACUGUAAUGGCAGAUUUAAUGAACAAAAAAAAAGCCAAGCCAUGUGAAGUGAAAGGCGAUGCGACGUGGAGCUGCAUUACAGGUGACCGAGUCAGUAUUCAUCCACAUGUCAGUGCAUCAUGUACCCAAGGAUUAAAUAUGUUAUCAUGCUUAUAUGACAGGACAAUAUCGGCCAUUCAAAUAAACGUCAUAUCAAUCUGUU